AUCCAGCCGAGGCUUACCGAUUGGCACUGACUUGACUGGAUGUCCAGCUCCACAUCGAGAUCUCCUUGGUUGAUCACUUAUAUUCGACGGCUCUUAUGCUCCUUUGGAUAGAGUGACAUCGUCUAGAAUAAUCAUCGAUUUAUUCUAGUGCAUUACCGAAAGAAAACAAUCAUGUCGCAACCUCCUCCGCCAGCCCUCCUUUUCCCCUCGCAAGAAAAAACUCUCCCGGCUAAUCCACGACUCCGCGCGAACAUCGAGCACGUCCUGGAGCAUGGCUACGUGAUUUUAGAAAACGUCUUCACCAAAUCCCAAGCAGAGGAAGCAAAGGCCGAGAUCAGUCGCUUGGGCGGCAACGCGCCGAAAGUCGGACGUACGGCUUUCGAGGGCCUCAAUACCAACCGGAUAUACUCCCUGCUGAACAAGACACGCGUCUUCGACAAGUUCUGCACGCUCCCGGACGUUCUGGCGCUGAAUGACUACUUUCUGGAGCCCCAAUCCCAACUUCACGUCCUUCAUACCAUCCAAAUCAACCCCCGGGAAGAGGCUCAGGCCUUGCACCAUGACGAUGCAUUCAUAAACGUGCCUCGACCGCGGCCCCCGUUUGGGACUGCUAUAAUCGUCGCGUUCGACGACUUUACCCCUACGAACGGCGCAACGAGGAUCAUCCCCAAGAGCCAUACCUGGCCACAAGGCCGACGUCCCCGCGAAGAGGAAACCCAGCCCGCGGUGUGUCCCGCCGGCAGCGUGGUGUAUUUCACGAGCUUGCUCUGGCACGGCGGCGGCGCCAACCAAACCGACCUGCCCCGAAAGAGCAUGACGGUGCAAUAUUGCCAACCGUAUAUCCGUCCAAUCGAGAACAUGGUGCUUUCCGUCGACCCACGGCGGCUUCCGGAGAUUCCGGAGCGUAUCGUGGAGAUGAUGGGGUAUGCGAUCCACAAGCCAUUCAUCGGCUACGCCGAUGGUUUGGAGCCUUUGAAGGGCGCGGAUCGGAUGGUGAAUUGGCUGCAACGGCCGCUCGAUCCAAGUCCGCCGACGUUCGCCGACUGGAAGGGGAAGGCGACGGCUAGGAAGGGAGAUGAGGGGAUCAAGAGCAAGAUCUGAUUAGUGUAUAUCCUCUGCCACCAACGCCUUCAGUUUUCGGAGAUAGACAGAGAUCCAAUGUAGGAGACCAAGAUUCCAGGAAGAUUUGCGACUGGAUGAUCGGCUUGUCAAGGGUGAUGUUCGUUCAUAUCUUGUAAAGAACUAAAGUGAUACCUAAUAUAAAGGAUGAAGCCUACAGAUAUGAAGCGGGUACGUCCUUCGUAAGUAGACGUAUACCUAUGAUCAACGGAGUUUCCAUGUGCUAUCAUGUAAGGAAUGAAUGCAGUAUAUACGAUACUAGAUUCGGUCCCUGGUCAUUAACAGAACCACGAAGACAGCUCCACCUCCAGUGUUACUGUAGCAUUCGUGUUACAUCGAUUCCUGCAGCCUGUAAACUGCAAUGUAAGAUCGAAUGACUGCAUUUCCUUGGUUGUGC